UGCUGCUGCUCGGGACUCCAGCGCUCCCUGCUCGGGACUCGGAGCGGAUUUUAAAAAACUAACCCUUAAAACAAACCAACGGAAAAACAAGACGGUGUUGACGGAGAAAAUAAACGCCUGCUCGGUGAAGACAGAGAGGUGUUCAGUCCUGCCCUUCAUUCCUGCUCUGUCUCCCCGUCUCCCUCCCCUCUCCGCGUGGGUGAUGCUGGGCUGUGGCUGAGCAUAUGCCCGUGACCGGACUGAAGCUGGGGAAGCUAAAGGUGGUGCGGCGGCAGCUGCUGCAAAGGUAUGAACACCAGCCCUUUGUCUCCUGCCUGGCUGGCCUCUACGGUUGCCAAUGGAGACGAUACCAAAGAGCCCGUGCACAGCCAGGAGAGUGCUGCUGCAGCAAGGUGGAGUGUGGCAGUUUUGGCCUCCUGAUCCUCACCUUCUUCCUGAGUUUUGUUUUUCUUUAUUUCUGGAUUGAAGCCCAGAAUGACUACAAUGACUUUGACUGGUUUAAUUUUGGGACUCUGGGUUUCUGGUUCCCCUGGUCUCUGGUCCUGCUGGUCGUGGCAGCUGCCCUCUUCACUUAUAUUGCCCUUUUGCUGGUCCUGGCCGUGUGUCUGCUGUCUGAGGGUCAGAGGCUUUACCUUCACUGGAGCCACAAGACUGGCAUCAUGGUCACAUUGGCCUUUUCCGUCACAGCUACCGCCAUCAUGUCUGACCUCUGGAGUAAAGAAUGGAAAACGCUCCUCCUCUCCUUACAGGUUACGGCACCUUUCUUGCACAUGGCUGCAGUCUCAUUAAUGGCUUUUCUCUCUUGGCCAAUUGCUUUGCACUUCUUCCGUAUGAACAAGAAAGUGCGCCAGGUCGCUGUCCUGGGUCUCUACCUGUCCGUGCUGUUCUCUCUCUACCUGGUUCCUCUGGGAAUGUACUCGCCCUGCAUUAAAGAGGCCGGGACUCUGGGACCUGCACCCACGCUCAUCGGACACAGAGGAGCUCCCAUGCUUGCUCCGGAGAAUACUGUCAUGUCGUUUGAAAAGGCAGUGGAAGCUGGAGGAGAAGGACUGGAGACUGAUGUGACCAUCAGUUAUGAUGGCGUUCCCUUCCUGAUGCACGACUCCACGCUGAGGAGGACCACCAACGUCGCAGAGGUUUUCCCAAAUCGAACCCACCUUGAUGCGUCCAUGUUUACCUGGGCCGAGUUACAGCAGUUGAACGCUGGCGACUGGUUCUUAUCGAGGGAUCCGUUUGGGACUGCGUCAUCCCUGUCUGAGACGGAUCACUCCCAGGCCCAGAACCAGUCCGUUCCCUCAUUGGCACAGUUCCUGAACGUGGCAGCAAAAAGUGGCAAACUCGUGCUGUUUGAUCUGCGCAAACCACCGUAUGAUCAUCCGUACAGUCAGUCGUACAUCAACACCACCCUGCAGGUCGUGCAGGCCCACAUCAACUCAUCCCAGGUGCUGUGGCUGCCAUCAGAAGACAGAGAGCUGGUCCAGGCUGCAGACCCAGAGCUGCAGCAGACCUCAGGGGAAAAGGCCUCCAUUCAGGAGCUGACAGACAGCCACAUCACCAGACUGAACCUGCACUACAGCACCAUGUCUCAGCAGCAGAUCCGGAAGUACCUGUCGGUGAACAUCAGUACCAACCUGUAUGUGAUCAGUCAGCCAUGGCUGUACACGCUGGCCUGGUGUGCUGGAGCACAGUCUGUCACCACCAACUCCAUUCACAUCCUGUCUGGGAUGAGCAGGCCCCUCUUCCUCAUGACCUCUGAGAACUACAGUCUAAUGUGGACUCUUACUGAUGUGGUGUCUGCCGUCCUCAUUUUUGCCAUUUUCGUAUUCCAUUGGUGGAGAGAGAGAGGCCUGCCCUUCUGGUCCGGCAGCCGCCAGACGCGCGAGAACGGCCCGUACAGCAAGUUCAGGACAGAGCUGAGCGACGUCUGGUCCAUCUCCAGCGUCAGCGUUCGGCCGGACCUGCGGAGCGUUCCCAGUUCCCCCAGUACCCCCCAGCUGCCCACCAUCACGGAGGAGUGACGGCGGCUGGACAGCCAGACAGAGACGAGCAGAGACAGAGAGGCAAGAACGACAUCUACAACGAGUUUAAAAAAGUAGUUAUUUCCAUUAUUUUAGCUGUCAUAAUAAUCUUCUAUUACAUGAGAUACGAGUUAAUUAACAUGAUUAAAUAUCAUUGAUUGUUUAGCAUUAGAAAGUAAGACCAUGACGGUCAUAUCAGAGGAACAGAACCUUAUAAGAAUAUAAAGGUUAAAGGGGGAAGAGUUUGUGGACGUUCUGGACAAAGUGUCCAGAAACAGAAAAGAGGGAGGUGUUGAGGAACAGCAGAGACGGCGGACUUUCCGUUCUCUGCUCCCUCGCUCAUCCUCUAUCUUUAGCCUGGCUGCACGGACUGAAAUGUUGGAACCGCACAUCCUUCAGGGACCGGAGCAGAGGCACUCUGCACACCAGCUCUGCCCAAGACUUUCACCUUACAGGAGCCGUCAAACGUUGCCUGAGGAAAUAACCACGAGACCAGAGACUGAUGUGCACGAGAACAGUGUCACGUCUGGUCGUCCAUCACCAGCUGAGCCCACAGAGCAAGCCAGGACUCUCCUCGGCAGACGGGGGGAAAUGACCAAUAUGAUCUGCUGCAGUGAAACAAGUCUGUCACUCUUCUCAUCUCCAACGUCACGUUAACGGAAACCAAACGUUUGUAAGAUGAUGUAAAAAAAACUGGUGGUUCAGAAAAUUGUCAAUUCAGAGCGAGGCAGAUAUGAUUUCCUUUUUUUUGUUGUUUGUCGUCUACUGCUUGAAUGCAUUUGACAAAACUUUAAACCUUGUUUUAAAGGAGCUGUUUUCUGUUAGGAUUAUGAUUAGAUGAGCGUAUGUAAAAGUAAUACCUGUCAGUCAAAAGCCAGGCUUUAGACUGAUCUGAGUAUUUACCGUAUUUUCUGGACUAUAAGCCGCACCUGCAUAUAAACCGCAUCCGCUCUAUUUAAAAAAAAAAAAAGAUAUGCAAGCCGCAGAUAUUUCUGUUGUUAGAUUAGAUAUUUACUACAUGUACAGAAGGAUUUUGAACUGUAAAUGAUGUACAUGUAUGUACCUAAAUAGAUCCUUUCCUAACAGUGUCUUUUAACACGGCAGCAACUUUGCUGAUUAAAACGGGACAGAAUCAAGAGAAAAUAACCGGUAUUUAUUUAUCUAUUUAUCUGUUUGAAAUCUGCUUCUACCUACUUCUAUCUGUAGUGUAUUCUUCUUUGCAUUUAUUUUGUCUUAGUUUUGAUUCUAAUUCCGGUUAGAGCGCCCCGAGCGCUGGAAGAAAAAUCCACAGAAUAGCUGCACCUUUGUAUAAGCUGCACGGUUGAAAACCUAUAAAAAAGUAGCGGCUUAUAGUCCAGAAAAAACGGUAGUUUCAUUUAGUUUGUUUUAACUUUCUCAACAAGCCAACAUCAGAUGUUUACAAGUUCCUUUAUGUGGUCAUCUCCUUCAGGGACGACAUGCCCACAUUUCAGUUAUCAUCUUUACUGUAAGUGUGUCCACGGGGACGCUCGAACUACUCCACUAAAGUAACUAAAUACUUGUAAAGUGUUAUAAUGUUUUGUAUAAGAUGCUCUAAGCUGUGUGAUAUGUGGACUCCAGCGUCGCCCCUGCAGGAAGAAUAGCGCAUCCGAUCAUCAUUCAUGGGUUUACAUUGGAUGAAACCCUUUGGGUGUUUAUGUCUUUCCUCUGUUGCUGUAAUUCUGAAGAGAACAUGGACGUCAGUGCGGCCGAUGCGGGACGGUGGGCCGCGCCGGCUCAGGAUUACGGCGGUUAAAAUCAGAGCAGACGGGUUUUUAGGAAGCAGGGCAGCUUUCCUAGACUCUGUUAUUGACAGAAAACACAGACAGACAAAAACAGCCAUCUGUGCGCCGCCUCAUGGCAACUCUGAUGAUGAUCUACGUUUAUCUGCAUCACCCGGGGCGUUUUCUGGCAGAUAUUUCCACUAAAUACAGCAGGGGCAGCAUAUUUGCCUGAUGUACAGUACGUCUGUUGAUAUGGCCAUAUGUAAAGUUAGAAAAGACGUAUAUAUUUAUCAGACAAGAGGCGUCGUAUUCACCAGAGAGCAAUGUCCUUUUAUGAUGUUCCUCCUCUUCACCAAACAUGAGAUUUUUCAUCACAAAUGAGGCUAUUUUUUUUAAUGUUUGUUAUUUUAACUGAAUUUUCAACAUGAUAGGUCUCCUUUAACACUGUCCAUGUUCUUGGUCUGACUGGAUGAAUGUAAACCUGAGGUUUCAGGGAGUAUUGUAAGUAUUUAUGUUUGCACUAAAGUGAAUGUAUCGUGAAGCGAGACGAUGCGUCUCCGUAGUAUGAGGAUUGAUUAGUCCGGGGGGUUCUCGGAGUUCGGCCCCCCAGUUUCCGUCAUAUGCAGUAUCAACAUCAUUUAAAGGUUAAAAAGUUAGGACAGAAGUUGAACUAUUUUAUGGGGCAGCACUUUUAAAACGUCUGAUUUUUCUCAGAUACACGCAGUAAUCUGUGGAAGUACUGUCUACUCAAUCUAUGCUACAUGGUCCUACCUAAAACUGAUCUUAGAUGAAGCUGGAUGUGCUGCAGCAAGUGCCAUUAAACGAUUUAUUUUCGUUAUUGAUUGUAGGAUUUCUAUCAUUUACCCAUCACGGUGUAAAUAACAGAGGAAUCUGAGUGCAGGAAGUCCUUUAGAAAGCAGGAGCUGACCUCGACUGCUGCGGGGGGCCAUCUGGUAUUAUUUGACCUGCAUCUCAUGUCAGACCUGCGUUUGAAUCACUUCAUCAGGAUUGAAAAUACUCGUUUGCAAUAAGAAGCUGCUGGAUUAUUUAUUUUUUCUUACAUUUUCAAGGCAACACGGGACCUCUAAACGAGAAGUUAAACGCCGCUGGUAUGAUUUAGAAAGCACGGUCAUAGUUCUGACGGCGAAUUUUAGCAAAUGCAACGUAGCUAAAGUCAUAUUAAUGAAUAUUUAGUGCUUAGUUUAACUGUUUCUGUUGCAAAUAUAGUAUCUAUUUUUAGUAUUUUAGCUACUGCACAGCCAUAUUUAUUCUAUUGAAUAUGACGUUUCCCACCGUGAGGCCGCUCAUUUUUGAUGAGCGAGUCUGGUGACGAUGCACCACUGCGUUGGUUUUCCUCUGGAGAUGCUUUGCAUUUUGAGCCUUGCACGUGUUGGAUUUAUCCAACUUUUAUUUUAUAGACGCUUUCUUAUAAGUGGGCCACAGCCACCAUGUACUUUAGUUGAUGUAGAUCUCUGUGUUUAUAUUAUAUAAGAUAAGAUGUUUUUAUUUUAUUCAGACCAACUUUAUCCUAGAAUCCAGUGUUUCCCAAAACACAGAGUGUGAAGUCAAAAUAGUUUACUCUGCAAUCAAGAAGGAUAUGUUGACAAAUCUGGUAACCCCCCCCCAGUUUUAGUAAUGUUGACUUCAGGCAUUUAUUGCCCUGAGUCUAAAGUUUUUAACCCUAAAAUGCCUGAUGUGUUAUAUUUGACACAUGAAUUUCUGAAACCUCUGACCCCCCCCACUUACCCGGCCCCCAUAAUGUAAAAAAAAUUAAUAAAUAAAUAUAUAUAUAUA